AUGGCUUUACCAUCGCCCGAGGAGUUGCAGUCUCUGAUCGCUGAACUGAAUGAUGUCGCGAAGGCAUACAGCACUGCUCCCGACCUCAACGGUUACCUGCCGCGCAUCCAGAUUAUUGACAGAGCAAAGAAACUGUCGCGAGCAUUAAUUACUCCUGAACAACUGCCUAAUUAUCAUGGUCUCAACGUGAGUGAUCUUCCCGUUGCCAGCCUAUUGAAAUUUAUGUUCUUUUUGAAAUUUGGUUGCAUUGAGGACGUUUAUCAAACUCAAGGUCCUCGAGGCAAUCCCAGAGACGGGCUCGAUAUCUCUUCGGGACCUUGCACAGAAGACAGGUGCACAGGAAUCGCUCUUAGGCACAAGGUUGUUGGAGAUAAGUACGAUGAAUGGUUCAAAAACAUGCACAACUUUGACGACUAUCUUGCUGCUCGAGGUCAGCUAGCAAAUGCUCGGGAACCUGACGACGCUCUACACAACCCAUACACUUGGACUCAUAAGCAAGAUGGUGUUCCCGUCUGGGCAAUCAUGGCCCGAGACCCCAAAAAGCUGCACACGUUCCAAGCGGGCAUGUCGGGAAUUGAUGUCGCAAUUCCAGUGGUUGGCCAUUUUGACUUUGGUCAUCUCAAAACAAGCCCGAAUGAAUCGCGGAUGGAGCUUGUAGAUGUUGGCGGCGGCCAAGGAUCGUGUCUGAAAAAGAUUCUGGAGACGUAUCCGGAGUUGAGUCCAAAGAAAUGCGUACUGCAAGACAUACCAGAGAACAUCAACGCUGCUAGAUCCACAAGCGCAAAAACAUACUUCAUGCGUAUGAUCUUGCACGACUACUCAGACUCCGUCUGCGUCGACAUCCUGUCUCAGCUCGCCAAAGCCAUGGCUCCAGACUCGCGAGUGCUGAUCUGCGAAAUAGUCAUCCCAGAACGGGUUGACGAAGCGACUUUCGCAGCCGCUGUCCUGGACCAGGCUGUCAUGACCAUGGGUGGGAAGGAGAGAACUCAGGAGGGUUUCAGAAGAUUGCUCGAAGCCGCUGGCUUGGAGUUGGUAAAUGUCUGGCGAGUGCGUGGUGUACCAGGUGGAUGUGUGGAGGGAAGAUUGAAGUGA